AUGAGCGACGACGAAGAGCUCCCUCCCAGCAAGCUGGGUACCAAGGAACACUGGGACAUGGUCUAUGAUUGCAGAGCUGACGAACAGGACAUCGGCGACGAGGGCGAGGUCUGGUUCGGCGAGGACUCGGUCCACAAGAUGCGCGCAUGGGCGCACGACAACCUUCCCUCCACCUCCGGCAAGCCCCUUCGUAUCCUCGAGUGCGGUUCUGGUAACGGCACCCUCCUCCUCAGCUUCCUCACGACGCCCGACCCCGACGCUGAACCGCAACAGUACCACCUUACGGGUAUCGACUACUCCGAGGGCGCCGUCAAGCUCGGUGAGAGCGUGGAGAAGGCGCGACGGGUGGCGAUCGAGGAAGGCGACGAGGACGUGAUCGACAUUGACGACGUCGUCAACGAGUGCACCUGCGAGUGGCGCGUUGGCGACCUGUUGCGGGACGAGUACCAGGAGACUUGGGACCUCGUCAUGGACAAGGGAACGUUCGACGCCCUCGCUCUCUCGGACGAGCCGAUCGCCGAGAAGGGAGGAAGGCUACCCAGUCAGGUGUACCCAGAGCAGGUCGCCAAGCUCGUCUCUCCCGGAGGGUUCUUCCUGAUUACGAGCUGCAACUUCACCGAGGAGGAGGUCAUCAAGCGUUACACCAAGCCGGGAGUCGGUCUCUCCUUCCACGUACCCCACAAGUCGUUUUCGUUCGGUGGCAAGAAGGGCCAGACGGUCUGCACAGUGGCCUUCACGCGCGACAAAGCUGUUGCUAACGGCAACGGACACGCCACUCCCGUCGCCCAGCCGGUUCAGCCGGACGACCCCCUCUUUCUCUGCGUUGACGACCAGAAGGUUAUGACGGAGCUUCUCACGCCCUUCUUCGGCGGCGAGGUCAAGGUGCACAACGACGCACUCCUUCUUGGCGGUGGACUGCUGAAGCACAACGUCCCGUGGGGUGUCGCCGUCAUUGCCGGCACUGGAAGCAUUGCUGUCGGAGUCGAGGUCGAUGCGCAGGGCGAGGUUGUUCAGGCGGCUCGCCGCGGAGGAUACGGAUACCUCCUUGGCGACGACGGCUCGGCCUACGACGUCAGCAGAUGCGCCAUCCGUGCUGCGGUUGAUGCGUUCGACGCCGGAGAACCCGAUGGACCACUGUCGGCCAGGAUCAGCAAGCACUUUGGCAUCCAGUCCGUCAACGGCGCCUUGAGCGAAGUGCUGAACCUCUCCGCGGACCCGAUCCAGGCGACGAACGAGCAGAAGCUGCGCAUUUCCGACCUCUCUCCCGCCGUGAUCGAAUGCUACACCUCGACCCCGCCCGAUCCCGUCGCUGUGACUGCGGUUCGCGCGGCGUGCUGUCCUCUAGCUGACUCCAUUGUCCAGCUGGCGAGGCAGCUGCUGGCCCGCCCACUGCCUGAUGGCUCGCAGCGCACGCUCCAGAACGCAGUGUUCACGUGCUGCGGCGGUGUCGUGCGUCAGGAGGCGUACCGCCGCUGUCUCCUCGAGAUGGUGAAGGAGGAGGGCAUCGAGUUUGGUUCGAUCGAGCCCGUCUCGGACGUUGCGCGCAGUGGCGCCGAGGGCCUUGUCGCGCGCAGCACGCGCAAGUAG